AUGGCUUCAAAUGCGCCCGACAUUAUCACUCUCGACAACCUGUCGCAGACUCUUACACCAUGGAACCCUCAAGGUGAAAGUCAGCUAUAUGCCAUAGUUGAUAUGGGAAGCAACGGCAUUCGAUUCUCAAUCACCUCUUUGGCGCCCCCAUUUACACGUCUCCUUCGCCCAAUCUACGCAACUCGGGCUGCUAUCUCACUGUUUGAUGCGCUUAAAACGACAUCAAGAGGUCUGGUAUUUCUGCCCGAGACCAUCGCUGCUGUAUCCGAGACCCUAGAGCGUUUCCAUCAGCUUGCCGUGCGGCAUGGAGUACCUACAAGGCACAUUACCAUCCUCGCCACAGAGGCCAUGCGCCGCGCCGACAAUGCGGCCGAGAUACUCGAUGCAAUCGCUUCUGUGACUAACGGUCUCAAAGUGAGCAUCCUGGAACCCGCUGUGGAAACCCUGUUUGGUGCUGUCAUGGGUUCUCGAAGCGGUCUCGCUGGUGUUGAAGGUGGCGCUCUGUUCCUGGAUCUCGGCGGCGGCAGCGUGCAGAUGACGUGGGUUGAUACCAGUAAGCCCAACUACGAGAUUAACGCCGCCCGAGCUGGUGUGAGUCUGCCGUUUGGAGCUGCGAGAUUGAUCCGCGUACUGCACGAGCAACCAGCCGAUGUCCAGGCAUCCGAGAUCUCCAAGCUCCAGGUCGGUAUGCAGCAGGCAUAUGCCAAUCUAUGUUCCCAAUUCCCGGCUCUGGAAGCCAUCAAAGCCUCCCGAGACAAGGGCUCCCGAGUGAACGUUUACAUGUGUGGCGGUGGCUUUCGCGGUUAUGGCAGCAUGCUUAUGCACCAAGAUCCAGUGAGCCCCUAUCCCAUUCCCUUUAUUAAUGGUUAUACGGCUUCCGGGACCCUGUUCUCUAAAGUGAGACACAUGCGCCGCGUCAAUGAAGAACAUGAUGAUCGCAUAUUCGGACUUUCAAAGCGCCGCCGUCAGCAGUUUCCUGCAAUUGCUACUGUCAUUGAGGCUUUACUUGCAACGGUGCCGAAUAUCGGAAACGUCACAUUUUGCGGUGGCUCGAACCGACAGGGUGCUCUUAUGAUGAAGUUACCUGUUGAAAUGCGAGAGUCCAACCCCCUCAACGUUCUUGCCAGCGUCACUGCGGAAGAGAAGCCUGUGUUCGACGCCGUAGUGAAGAUGCUGAAAGAUGCAAUCCCUCAAGGGUCAGACCUCUCUGCUGUGCCAAAUGUCUUAACCCCUGGUUUGGAUGUUCUUUUUGUACGAGAUAUCUGGACUCGUCAGGGGCAUGACACGGAGAUUAACUCAUCAUUCGCACUGCAUCAUGCAAUCACCCGAGACGCUGAAGCUCCUGGCUUCUCACACACUGGAAGGGCCCUUUUGGCGCUUUCAACCUCGGCUAGAUGGGGUGGUCACCUGAACGGCCUAGACUCGCAGCUUCGCCAAAGCCUCUCUGCACUCCUCGCAAGCCAGCAUGACGACGCUCCUUUCUGGGCUUCAUACGUCGGUGCUGUAGCUGGGCUUCUGGCAAUGGUUCUACCCAUCGCCCCAAAGACUGCAUAUGAAGUCACGAAUGCCAUUAGCAUACGAGCACAUCUCAAGAGAGCAGAUGAAAAGAAAGACAGAAUCGUAUUAACGAUCGGAGUCGCCUCCGCUAACAUAGCGGGUGUCAGUCUAGAAGACCUCGCUGACAGAGUGGAGAAAACUGCUAAAAAGAACGGGGGAAAGAAGCCGAGAUUCAAGAUAACUGCCCAAGUGAGCCUGUUGCCAUGA